UAGAGCUUCAACAGCAUGUGCUUUUGAACGCUGUCAUCAGCAACGCCCCUCGUGUUACAAAUCUCGUUUCUAUAUUAAGUUUUCUUCCUGGGCGAUCAAAACAAGGUGUUUCACGAAGCGCUCUCAGGUCGAUCACCAACUAGCUGAUCACUCUAACCAGGAUCCACUGGUUCUUCUUCAGCAUGCUUCACAACUGAUGUCCUUUGGUAUAAGCAACAUGGCAGACGUUGACCCAGAAAUGCAGUUGGUUGAAGCGUAUCGUGAGGGUUUGAAUGAUGUAAGAGAAGUCUCUGGACAUACUGAAGAGAAGCAGCCAGUAUAUCAACGUAUGAGAUGGACAGAUGAAAUGGUUAAACUUUUGAUUACUGCUGUUUCUUAUAUCAGAGAAGAUGCUUUGUCCAACGAGAUUUUCAUCAAGAAGGGUAAAUGGAGGGCGGUUUCCUGUGUUAUGACUGAAAGAGGUCAUCAUGCGUCUCCUCAGCAAUGUGAGGAUAAGUUUAAUGAUCUGAAUAAAAAAUUCAAGAGAUUGAAUGAUGUACUUGGGAGAGGCACUGCAUGUGAUGUCGUGGAGAACCCUGCGCUUCUGAAAACGAUGGACCUGUCUUACAAUUUGAAAGAGGAAAUGAGCAAGCUCAUAGGUAGGAAACAAUUAUUCUACCAAGAAAUGUGCUCAUACAACAAUCGGAAUAGAUUGUUCCUGCCCCAUGAUCAGGAAGUUCAGCAAUCUGUGUUUUUGGCUGUGAAGGGUCUUUACAAGUAUGAAACCAAUUGCAUGUUGCAGGAUUUUCCUUUGAAGAGGAAGAUAGGAGAAGGAGAAGAAAGAGUUCCAAAUAUGGCCCGUGCAGAUCUGAAUUUGGUGCAGGAUAUGCCUGCAAAGAGGAAAGUAGGAGGAGAAAGAGAUUUGAAUAUGGCCCGUUCAUCUCUGAAUGGUACCACUACAUCAGAUCCAAAUGUGCUUCAUCCUAAUUGCAAUGGGAUUCACGUUUCUAUGAACAAUGAGGAGAAAGAAAUACAGGAUGAGCAUAUUCUCCCUCGCUUACUACAAUUGGAAGAACAAAAGCUACAGAUUCAGGCCCAAAUUCUGGAAUUGGAGAAGCAGAGGUUCAAGUACAUGAGACUCUGCAGUAAAGAGGAAAAGGAGCUACGAAAGAUGUUGCUGGACAAUGAGGUUAUCAAACGUGAGAAUCAGCGAUUGGUGCUUGAACUCAAGCGUGGUGGAAUACAGCCUUCUGACUGAAUCAUGUACCAGGGCUGCAGUAUAUGUGGUCUGUACUUUUCCAUCUUGAAGCACCUUCUGUUUAGUUCUCAAUGUAUAUUUUCUCUUCUUGUUCAUGUUUUCUAUCUUUUGGUGUAGGAUGUGCAAACUUUUAAUCUCGUCUUUGCUCGGCCUUAUGACUGUUAAUUAUUCUGUUCGGACUUAUUCGGGCUACUUUAUGUAUGAUGUGUUUGAUACUUCCAUUCUGUUUCCUGCUUCUACCUAUAUAAAUGAUAACUGGAAACUCCUUUACCCCCAGUGAAUUUGUAAAAGGCUGGUUGAGUUAUCACAGCCUUUAUCACGAGGCACUUAUGC